AUGAUUAUUUGGUUUGACAUACUCUCUGUUGUUGACUCUGUUAGCAAAUACUUAGAAUCUAAAGACAUGCUUGUUGAUGUUGCUAUAGAUGAGGUAAAAAGGCUGAUUAAUUUCUUUGAAGAAUAUAAAGAAACAAGGUUUACACAGGCCAUGACUGUUGCUAAAGGAAUUGCUACUGAAAUGGAAAGUGAUUAUGUGUUUAAUGAAACUUGUAAAACCCAUAGAAAGAACCAUGCUGAGAAUGUCAACGGAUCAUCUCCUGAAUCUGUUGAGGAAUCCUUUAGAAUUCAUUAUUUCUUACAUAUAGUGGAUCAAGUUAUAGGUUUAUUGAAGAGAAUGUUUGAACAGUUUCAGGCAUAUGAGGAUGUUUUUGGGUUCUUGUUUAGUUCAGAGAAGUUAAAUUCAUUGGAUGAUAAUCAUUUGAAAUCUUGUUGUGGUCAUCUUGAAUUCAGUCUAAAGCAUGGAAAAUCUUGUGAUGUUGAUGGAAAUGAUUUAUUUGAAGAACAAAAAUUCUUACGAGGGAAUUUACCAAAAGAAAAAAUGACAGCCCUUGAAAUACUAAAUUUCAUAAAAGAACUAGGUCUUCCAAAUGCAUGCAUUGCUUAUAGAAUAUUAUUGACUCUACCUGUUACAUUGGCAUCUACAGAAAAUAGUUUUUCAAAAUUGAAGUUACUAAAAUCUUACUUGCAAUCACCAAUAUCGCAAGAAAAAUUAGAUGGACGAGAUUUGAUUUCUGUUGAAAAUGAUCUUCUAGAAAAUAUUGAUUAUGAAAAAUUUAUCAAUGAUGUUGCAACAAAAAUUGCAACAAGAAAUGCUUCACAUUGA